AUGUCGGAUCUAUCAUUUGGGAGUGGUAAUGCUGGCUUUCAGCUAGGGAUCAAUAGCGGUUCAGUUCACUACUAUGCCCUAGAACAGCCAGAGCCGACUCCAUGCCCACUGUCUACAGUUCCAUUUCCACGAGAUCCAGACUUCGUCGAGCGUGGGGCCUUGCUCGAUAAUAUCCGAGACAAGCUUUCUCUACCAGGGGAGAGAGUAGCUCUUGUUGGCUUGGGUGGCAUUGGAAAAUCACAAUUAGCGAUUGAAUAUUCUUAUCGAAUACGAGAUUCUUCUCCCCAGACAUGGGUGUUCUGGAUCCAUGCUAGUAAUGCAGCACGGAUCGAACAAGGAUUUCAAAUGCUUGCCGACCGCGUCAAGAUACCAGGGUGUCAGAGCCCCAGUGUCAACAUCUUUCGACUGGUGUAUAGCUGGCUCUGUGUUGAAAAGCAUGGCCCUUGGGUACUUAUCCUUGAUAAUGUCGACGAUGAUAGCCAUCUUCGCCAGCCCCUGGUUUUUAGCUCUCAAAGCUCCCCUUUGGAUGCAAAUUUGGAUUCUCAGUUUAAUGGCUGCAGCCAUGCUGGAAUCUCGGGCAGUACUAUCUUGCAGUUUCUACCUCGCGUUUCUCACGGUAGUAUAUUGGUCACGACUCGGAGUCUAGGCGUGGCUUCAAGGUUGGUCAGAGAGUCUAGCAUCGUUACCGUUGAUUCGAUGAACAGGUCGGAAGCAUCUUCUCUCAUGAUGGCCAGUCUCGGAAAUCAAUACAGCCAGGAGGGUAUCGAAGAGUUGUGCGAGACACUUGAGUUCAUGCCUUUGGCAAUCGUCCAAGCUGGGGCAUAUAUCAAGAAACGAGCACCGCGUUGUUCAGCCCUUCAGUACCUGGAAAAUUUUCGGAAAAAUGAUCGCAAGAGAACAAAACUCCUCAAGAAUGAGGGACAAGGCCUCCAACGCGACGAACAGGCCUCAAAUUCGAUCCUAAUUACCUGGCAAAUAUCUUUCGAGCACGUUCGGGAGAUCAGAGCGUCCGCAGCAGAUCUUCUCUCUCUUAUGAGUUUUUUCGAUCACCAGGGCAUCGUGGAGAGUGCACUUCGAAUUUCCUCUGGCGCACAAAAAACAGAUGAGACGAGUUCUAGAAAGAGACGACGAGAUUCGACAGAUAGUGAUGUACAAUUCGAGGCAGACUAUGAGUUUGGAGAGGAUAUCGUCAUAUUGAGAGAUUUCUCCUUCAUAUCAUCAACUCAGGUUCCACAUACCUUCCAAAUGCAUGCACUUGUGCAACUCGCGACAAGAUCAUGGCUUGAGGAUCAUAACCAAAUCUCCCGAUGGCGAAACCAGUUCAUUGAAAAUAUCAGCUAUGAGUUUGGUGGUUCUGACGAAGAAUACGCUCGGUGGCAAGAACGCCAGAUUCUUUUUCCUCAUGUCAAGUCUGCGCUCGAUCACCGCCCAGAUUCACCGCAACAUUUGGAAACAUGGGCUUCCUUGAUGCAGCGAGGAGCAGCCCAUGCCGUGGAAAACUCAAACCAUCAAGAUACCCUCCGAAUGGCCUCCAAAUCAUUGGAGACGAUGAAGAGCAUUUUUGGUGCGCAGCACGACAACACCCUGCUUAGUUUAAAUAUGAUGGCAACAGCCCUGAUCAUCGGAGGUAAAUUUAAUGAUGCCCAGGCUAUGCUAGAAACAGCGCUGGCAGACUCGGACAACGACCUUGCAUGCAAGGAACAUGUUAGGACCGAAAUAAUGUACUCCCUUGGGCUUCUUUAUCAUCUCACAGACCGACAGUUGGAAGCCGAGCCACUACUGAAGAAAGCGAUAGAGGGAACGACGAACAGAUCUUGCCCAAGCGAACGUGACACUUUGACCUGCAUGCAUACUCUUGCAAAUGUUUACUGUCGACAAGGUCGUUAUUCUGAAGGCGAAGACCUAGCUCUACGAGCGAUGGAGGGCGCAAUAAAAAAUCUCGGAGAACGGGACUAUACCACCUUGCGCUCGAUGAGUACACUGGCUCGUUUUUACUUUGCUCAAAAACGAUACCAAGAAGCUGCGACGCUGCAAAGGCAGGCGCUGAAUUCUGCCGAGUCUUUUUUUGGGAAAGGAAAUCUUCGCUCCCAUGAAUUCGGUCAUGCUCUGGCGAGGACCUAUGCGAAACAAGGCAAUUUUGAAGAGGCCGAGAGACUUUACCGAAGCGCCAAUGACGUUUUCCGUGCAGUGUUAGGGGACGAACACAUAACGGCAAUAAGUUCUUCGGCUGAGUUAGCUGAGUUCUUUAUCCAACGAGGUCGUUUCAUAGAUGCUCUGCCAAUUUUGGAGGAAAUCGUCGACAUAUGCUCCAGGGUGAUAGGAAGACAGCACUCAUCGACUAUUAAAUAUUCAUCCCAGCUGGGCUUCACCUAUUGCAUUCUUUCUCGAUUCGGUGAGGCUGAGUUGGUAUUGAAAAAUACCAUCGAGGCAUCGGAAAGGAACUUUCGAGAAGACAGCCACCACGAUGCUAGAGAAGACAUGUUCUCGCAAGAACUUUCUCUCUACACUCUGGCUAGUAUUUAUCAUAUUCAAGGGAGGCUGAAUGAGGCAGAGCCGAUUAUAGCCAAGCUUGUGAAAGGGGCAACCGAACAACAUGGUGAGAAUGCUUCAGUUACAUUGCGUUAUGUGGGACAGUUGGCAGGAAAUUAUAAGGAGCAAGAGAGGUGGCAUGAAGCCUUGUCACUGCAGAUGAAGAUUCUUAAUAUACGGAAAGAAAUACUUGGGGAGUCUCACGAAGACACAUUAGCUGCCAUGGAAGGCCUGGCGGAAACAUGGGAAUUAAUGGGUCAAGCUGAUGAUGCAAUGGAAAUGCUAAAUACAAUCACAACAUUGCGAUCUGAAGCAGCGAAUAAAAGCAGUUAG